CUUCCGCCUAGAAAUUUUUUUAUCAGUUCACUAAUCUUUUAAUUUCCAGAAUUGGUGAUUCAUUCAUUUAUUGCAUGCAAAGUUGGGUUUAUUUCAUGAAUACAUCUAACGCAGUAUUCGGUUGAUAUAUUCCAGUACUCGGCUGUAUUCCUUACAAUGGAAAUCAUGGCAGAUGUAAUACUUCCCAGGAAAAUGCUCGAUCCGGAUUAUCGUAAAAUUCAACCCCGUGCUCCAAAACAGUGGAAAAGAACGAGACCAUUCAAGGAGAAAUUCGUUUCGGGAUUCCAACCGGUCGCUCCGUCUCGACGCUCUUGUGAAUGGGCCAAAGAUCCUCUUUAUUUGUACGAAGCCUUUGAGAAUCAUACUAGAAUCGGCCAAGGAUCAUUUGGUAUGGUUUACAAAGUAACUUGCAAAGAAACAGAGGAGAAGUGUGCCGUCAAGAUUUCUAGAGUCAAUGGAAUUUACAAUUGGAAAGAAUCGGUGGAAAAAUUAUUAAUAUAUGAGAAAGUUAGCAAACAUGAGAAUAUUGUUAAACUUUAUAACGCAUGGAUUGAAGAUGACGCUUUGUAUACUCAAAUGGAACUAUGCAGGAAAAGUCUACUUCAGUUUAUUUUAGAUAAUGUACAUAUGGAAGAACACCAUACGUGGAAUGUUAUGAUCGAUAUAUUAGAGGCUCUGAAUUAUAUUCACUCGCAAGAUUUCGUACACCUUGACGUCAAACCGGAAAAUAUUCUCUUGGGUUUUGAUGACAGAUAUAAAUUGGCCGACUUUGAUCUUAUACACGACAUCAAUAUAUCAGUCGACCAUAUCAGAGCAGGAGAUGAUAAAUAUCGAGCACCCGAAGUUAAAGAAGAUUCUUUCCAACCACAUCCUAAAAAUGACAUAUUUAGCUUAGGUAUGACACUUUUAGAAAUGGCAGGAGAUUUCUAUCUUCCUAAUGGAGGUGCUCAAUGGAAACAACUCAGAAGAAAUAGCUUCCCUUCGAGUCAGCUCAAAGGACAUGUCUCCGAUACUUUGAUCAACGUAUUGCAUUUAAUGUUGAGGAAAGACAUUCAAGACCGACCUUCCGCUGAAGAAUUAUUAAACCACGAAGACGUUUACGAUAGAAAAAUGCAAAGGUUACAGAUAUUACCACCCGAGUCAAGCGUUGUUCGUAGAUUCGUUGAUCAUAAUGCCAUGAAAUUACAAGAAAAUUUAGAGUUUAUGCAAAGGCUCGAAGAACGAGCUGAAAUUUCCGAUAUAGAAAAUUUCAUUCGUGCAAGAUCUCAGUCACCUGAUGUACUAGAUAUAAGUGCGGAGGAAGUAUCAGCUCCAAAAAAAUUGAAAGUCAUUCGUCGUCUGUUCACUUAACUCAGGUGGCCUAACGAUCUGAUUUGUGCCUUUUGCCUAUUUCUUCUGAAUACCAUAAGUCUCAUUCGUUUUAUUUAUUUAUUUACAUUUAAUGGAGAUAUAAUUAUUUAUUGUUUGUUUCUCUGAUUUUGCUUUUUAAAAUUAUUUUGUAUUACGUUAAUUUUGUGCUUUUCUCGUAUUUAUUUAUGUUGAUAGAUUUUACGUUUAAAAUGUUGGAUAUUCGGAUGAAACAUCGUGUUUUACAGACGUUAUGUUACCUUGUCAAGAAAAAACAAAAAAACAAAAAAAAAACGUAAAUUAUUUUGAUAUUUACCUCAUUUAGUGUUUUUGUUAUGAUAACAGUCUAGUCUGUUGUUUACUCGAUCUCAUAAUUUAAGAAAUUUACCAAGAUUCAUUGUAUACUCUUACUGAACGGAUGUUUUCGCGUAAUAUCUAAGUUACUUUUAUGAUUAUUUUUUCCCCUUUCCCCCCUUACGUAUUAAGUAGAAUUAUUAUAUUAUUUCGUCGAUUCCAAUUUCUACGUAUCAUUAUAAUGAAUACGAAUCGUUGGAUGUUUCCUGGAUCAGAUUGAGAAUCAUUUAGUUGCUGGAUGCGACGAUGUUAUUCAAGAUACGGACUUUCUCAGUGAUCGAGUCAGCUUAGCUGAGUGUAAUAUAUUCUUUAUUUAUUGCGGUCUUUCGAGGAUGUGUAACGAACGUGUCGAUCAAGUUGAUUCCGAGGAUUAGAGCUGGUGCUACGGUCGAGUUUAGGAUUUAAAUGGGAUCGAAUUUCUUGAAAUGUUUUGUUUUGUUUCGUUUCAUGUGAUUUGACUUGUGUUUUCUUUCUUUCUUUAUUAUUCGCGUUUCUUUUUUACUGUCUUUUUGUAAUGAUUUGAGAUAUUAUAGUUUUGCAUUAA